AUAUUUGUUUGUUACUUGAAUUACUUUUCUAUCCAGCAUUGGAGAUGGUUGGUCCUAGAAAGCGUGUACGAGCAGUGAUGGUGAACGGGUUCUUCUUUGCUGGCGGAGAGGUGAUGCUGGCCGCACUUGGGUAUUGGUUACGGGAUUGGCAAUUCAUUGAGCUGAUCUGUGGCGGAACGGUAGUAUUCUAUCUGUCAUAUAUCUGGUUGGUUCCGGAAUCUCCAAGAUGGCUUCUUAAUAGUGGUCGUAUAAAGGAUGCAGAAAAAGUGCUAAAAAAAAUAGCGGAGGGCAACAAAAAGACCGAGUGUUUUAAGCCAAUACUAAAUUAUGAAGAAGACAAGAAACAAACAGGAAAAAUCUGGCAUAUUUUUACCUCCAGAGUUUUGCUGACAAGGACUCUGAUAUUGUUCCUGAAUUGGUGUGUUAUUUCGAUGACGUUUUACGGAUUGUCGAUGAAUGCUGGUAAUAUCGGUGGUGACUUUUAUCUGAACUUCUUGUUACUUGGUUUGAUGGAUUUCCCGUCUACUGUACUGAAUCUGUUGUUGCUGAACCGUGUGGGAAGGAAAAGACUGCACUGUACCUGUAUGAUCGUUGGAGGCGUGUCAUGUCUGUCAACACUUUUUACUACCACCUACGGAGGCGAAUCUCUACACACGUUGACCGUCAUACUGGUGUUGAUAGGAAAGCUAGGGGCAGGUUCUGCGUUUGGAAGUGUCUAUAUUAUGACGUCAGAACUGUAUCCCACUGUUGUACGCAAUGCUGGAAUGGGCGCCUGCUCCUGUUUUGCCCGUUUCGGAUCUAUGGUAGCUCCUUACGUCAUAUCAGCAGCCGCAGACAUCGAAGGAACCAUCGGCAAGUUACUUCCUUUGAUUAUAUUUGGUUCAGCCUCCAUUGCUGCUGGCUUGAUAGCUCUCCUGCUUCCAGAAACACUUAAUAAAGACUUGCCGGAUACUAUUGAAGAGGCGGAACUAUUUGGAACACCAGAAUAUGAUUCCAUGAGAAAAGAAGCAAGUAUCAAUAAAGGUUUUUCAAUGGAAAUGAAAUGAUGCCGAAAAGGUGGGACUGCUGUGCUAUAACAAGCCAUCCAGGCCUUUAACGUG